GUGAAACUGAGUGCAGACAAACAUGGAGUUCCUGCAGAUUCCUUGGUCUGUCCUGCUGCAGUUUAACAACACAGUAUCCAUAGUUAUAUUCAUUGCUGUCUUUACUCUGAUAUUUGAUUUCAUGAAGAGAAGGAAGGUGAGCAAUAGAUACCCGCCAGGGCCAUGGGCUCUGCCUUUCCUUGGAAACUUGCUUCAGAUUGGCAUAAAAAACAGACAUAUUUGUUUAACUGAGUUAAGUAAAAAGUGUGGAGAUAUAUAUAGCCUUCAGAUUGGCUGGGGCAAUGUAGUGGUGAUAAAUGGAUUUAAGGCCACAAAGGAAAUCCUCAUCAAGAAAUCUGAAGACUGUGCCGACCGUCCUGUCAUCCCGUUAAUAGAAGUCCUGGGUUACACUAAUAACAGAGAAGGGGUUGUACUUGCUCAUUAUGGACGAUCUUGGAAGGAACAAAGAAGGUUCACACUUUCCACCUUGAGGAAUUUUGGACUAGGGAAAAAGUCACUAGAAGACAGAAUCAUAGAGGAAGCUCGAUUUGUAUGUAACGAAUUCCAGACUAAGAAAGGUCAACCUUUUGAUGCACAUUUCAUAAUAAAUAAUGCUGUAUCAAAUGUGAUCUGUUCAAUUAUAUUUGGACAACGGUUUGACUAUGAAGAUAAAAAAUUUCUAGAACUUCUACAUCUCUUUGAAGAAAACUUAAAGGUGCUCAGUGGAGUCUGGGCAGAGAUGCUGAAUAUAAUACCCUGGGCUGCUCAUCUUCCUGGGCCUCAUCAACAAAUUUUUAAAGUUCAAAGGAAAAUGAAAGAAUUCUUGCUAGCCUAUAUCAAGCAACACAAGGAUACAUGGGAUCCUUCUGAGAAAAGAGAUUUUAUUGAUGCAUUCAUAACAGAAAUGGAAAAGGUCAAGGAUGACCCGGGUUCAAGCUUUAAUGAGGAGAACUUGAUGCAUACAACUUUGGAUGUGUUUAUUGCAGGCACAGAAACCACUUCCACGACAUUACGUUGGGCUUUACUUUUCAUGCUCAUUUAUCCAGCUAUACAGAGUAAAGUUCAAGAGGAAAUUGACAGGGUGGUUGGGAAAAACAGAAGUCCAAAGCUUGACGACAGAAUGAACAUGCCUUUUACAGAUGCAGUUAUCCAUGAAGUUCAGCGCUAUGGUGAUAUUCUUCCAAUCGGACCCCCUCGAAAGACAAUAAGAGAUAUUGAUGUUAUGGGUUUUUUCCUUCCUAAGGGAACAACAAUUUUACCAAACUUGUCUUCUGUCCUGAAGGAUGAAACAGUAUGGGAAAAGCCACUUGAGUUUUACCCAGAACAUUUUCUAGAUAACAAUGGGAAGUUUGUAAAGCGAGAAGCCUUCUUGCCUUUUUCUGCAGGUCAUCGUAUAUGCCUAGGAGAACAACUAGCACGGACGGAGCUUUUCAUCUUUUUCACAACUAUGAUGCAACAGUUCACGUUUCACAUUCCAGACAGUGAACCCAAACCAAGCACAGAUUCAUGUUUUAUGUCUACACUGGCACCCACCCCCUUCAAGAUAUGUGCAAAAUUAAGAUAAUUAAGUGAUUACCAAUAAUGGAGCAUUUAUGUUGGGUUACAGUUGUCUAGCAGGAUGCCAUAAUUAUAUUCCAGGAUUUGGUACAAUGGCAUAGAUUUUGAAACUCAAGAUUCAUAGUUUCUUUCUUUGGGAAAGAGCAGGACUUUAUAAAGGUUUAGUUUUAAAUAAGUCAGUUCUGUAAUUAAAUAUAUCACAUCACAACAUUCUGUAUCUUUAGAUAAACAAAAAAAUGCUACUUCUAGAGCUAAUCUCAUCACUGUUUUGUUAAACUGUAGAUUUGUAGGGCAUUAAAACUGUGAUAAUUAGCAUUAUAAAUAUAUAGCUGCUGUCAAAAUAUGAUUGUUUUUGAGAAUGUUUGCAUCGUCGGGUUUCAUGGUAUAGUAUCAGAGUUUUACUUCAGCAGCUCAUCAUUUUUCUGUUAGACUUGGGUGUUUUGUGAUUAUCUAAUGAGUUAAGUAAAACAUAAAAUUAAUAUUUAAAUGGAAAAUGUAAGAUCUUUUGCAG